AUGGACCACUAUACCAAUGACAUGACCUGCACUGACUGCAUUGGUUUUGCGGCCAGUGUCGCUAAUCUCGAGCAUGCCCUCGCACUCACCAAGAUCGAAAUGAAACGCCGAGAACUAAAGAGCACGGCACCUUUUCAGUUCGAAAAGAAGGACAUGAGAAUCAUGAAACUAGAGUCUUACGUCCAUCAAGCUCAAGAAGCAGAGAUCAAGGCUGCUGAGGCUGCAUACGAAGAAUGCAAACGACAUCUCGAUAUUCUGAGAGACCUUGACUGUAAGAGUCUUGAGGCGAAGAUCGAAAAGUGUGCCAAACUUGAGAGGGAUCUUUAUGUUACAUGGCGGCGAGUAGAGGAGGCUAAGAAAAGGCAAUUGGAAUAUCUGGUAAACUUCCGCUAUGCAGAGGAUGACUGA